AUGGCCGGAUGGCCGGGUGGCCGGAUGGCCGCCUGGCUGGGUGGGCAGGUGGGCAGGUGGGCGGGUGGGCGGGUGUGGCCGGGUGUGCCGGGUGGCCGUGGCCGUGGCCGGAUGGCUGGUUGGCUGGUUGGCCGGGAUUUGUGGGUGGGUGGCGACAACACGAUCACUCCAUGCAGUUCAGCAGUUAAGUUCUUGCCUCUGUUGUCAAAGCUCUAUUUGACAAUCGCCUUCAUUAUCACAUGGAAUAGCCACAGGAAGCCAGCAGCAGUAGCAUUUCUUUCACGGGAGGAGGAGAUGGAUGAAGUGAACAAAAGGAAACAGGUGGCCGGCUGGCGGGUGGCCGGAUGGCCGGGUGUGGCCGUGUGGCCGUGUGGCCGUGUGGCCGUGUGGCCAUGUGGCCAUGUGGCCGUGUGGCCGUGGUCGUGUGGCCGUGGUCGGGUGGCCGUGGCCGUGGCCGUGGCCGUGGCCGCGUGGCCGCGUGGCCGCGUGGCCGGGUGGCCGGGUGGCCGUGGUCGUGGUCGUGGCCGUGGCCGGGUGGCCGGGUGGCCGGGUGGCCGGGUGGCCGGGUGGCCGGGUGCCGGUGGCCGCGUGGCCGCGUGGCCGGGUGGCCGGGUGGCCGUGGUCGUGGUCGUGGCCGUGGCCGGGUGGCCGGGUGGCCGGGUGGCCGGGUGGCCGGGUGGCUGUGGCCGUGGCCGUGGCCGGGCCGUGGCCGUGGCCGGGAUGGCCGGCAACUAA